AUGUUUGUCGUAAUUAAUGAUGUUUUGUACUUCUUAAUUAAUUACUUUGAUUUGCUGGACAAAGAAAGUUUCAUUUAUAAUGUUUCUGAAUUUUACACCCUCAAAGAUAUUUCUGGUGCUGUUAAAUUGUUAAAAAAUGAUUAUGAAGCUGUUAAGGGUUCUAACUGGGUGGAUGAUGUAGCUUUAAAAACGCCAAUAGAAAGUCAAAAUGGUUUCGAAUUGGUCGAGCCCAGAAAGAGGCGUGCUGAUUCACCUUCACAUAAUAGGUCGAAUGUGAAAAAUUUGGUUGGGCGUAGACUGCCUCAGAACUCAAAAAUUGCAGCUAGUAGUUUAAUGACUAGUAGAAAAUUCUAUCAUAUCAGCAACGUUGCCAGAUGUGCUAGUGAAAACCGGAUUGAACAUUUGCGACUCAUAGGAGUGGAGGCCAUUUCCUGCCAUCCAGCGUUCGAAAAGUCAAUUGAAAUCAAUCCUAAAGACACGAAUCAGUCCACAUCCAUCAGGCUAUGGAUCGACAGCAAAUUUAUUGAUAUAGUUGAAAACAUCGACUCAUGGCCAAUUCAAGUCAAGGUACGGGAAUGGAUCUUCCCACAAAGCUUCAGUCAAACAGUCCAAACACCGCAGUUUACAAUGGCUAGUGAUAUAGAUCCUGAUGUGAAUUAUUAUGGUGGUGGGGUUGGUUUAUUUCUGCACCAAGAUCUUGCUGUCCAAGAGCUUGUUGAUUUACGAUCCUCAUCGCAGGGUUAUGAAUCAAUGGCAAUUGAAAUUUCAGUGAAAGACAAUCGAAAAAUGGUAAUUAUUGUUUUUUAUAUGCCUCCUGACUCUGAUCCAUUUGUUGUUACAGACCAACUUUCUAAUGUCUUAAGAAUGAAUAAGGCUUUACGUCAAAAAAGUUUGUCUGUCAUUGACAACAUAUAUACAAACAAUUUAGUAUCCCAUGUCUCUGGAAUCAUUUUCAUUGAUAUAUUGGAUCACCUACCUAUAUUCAUAAUAGCUGAAGAAAAAGUAUUAGAUGUUGAGGUUGAAGUGGUAGAUAAGUUAUGUUUUUCUAGACAAAACCUGGAAAAGAGGGGUAAACUAAAAAAGCAACCAAAUGCUUGUAAGAAAGUCACCCUAUCCAAAUAA